UAGGGGUGGGUCGGGGACAAGUCGGUAUCAGCUGCACCAACCCCAUGCGAUCAUCUCAUCUCUUUCUGGAGCGCGGCGGGAGCGGGAGCGGGCAUUCCUGGCCCUUGAAGGACACGCUCAGUCCGAGAGGCAAUCAGGGAUGUUACACAGGAUGUGUUUGCUGCCGGCAAAUCUAUCAACCGUGAAGAUCCCCCUCUCUCUUUGGAAGGGCUGUCUAGAAGGUCCCCAGUGGCCGUGCAGACGCUGGAGCCUGCUUUUAGAAAAAGCAAUGCUCCCCGAGCGUUGCCGGACAUCGAGGACCAGCUGCGCCGGGUGGAAGAAGGACUUGGUCUCCCCUGGGACAGGGGGCUUUUAAACCCAACAGCUUGCUAAGAAUUUUUUUCCCCAACUACUUUGUUGGUCUAAUAAAAGACAUCAGAUUUACCCAAAGAACCGUGUCUGCCGGCUUCUCCCGAGUGAUUCGUCCAACUGGAUCCUUUCAGAUCUGCCCACAUUAUUGCGAUUUAAGUGACAUCCGUGCCGAGGGUGCUCUCGAGCGGCGUUCACUUUCCGCCCAGCUCUUUACUCUUACUUGAGUGAGUUGUAAAUGUGGACGAUCCUCACUGAUUACCCCUACUUUGCUUUCUGAGCUGAUUUUCUUCUUAACUAAGAAACCGCAACACAUUUUCUAAUAAUAUAAACCUGGAAAAACACCCCAUCGUAACGCAGCGGUUUUAAGUUGGCUAUUACGAAUUCAGCUUGUGACUAUGGAUUAUAUAUAUGGCAAAGCGAGCGUUUCUUUGUGACAUUUGGAGUGUGUGGAUGAACGAGCGUGGCAUGACUGGGAAAGCGUUGCAAACUGCGUGCUCACAAGUAAGUAACCGAGGGGCGAACAGAAAUUCCAGCGAAGACCCAGCUCGUACCAGACACAGGAAGGAGAUAAGAGAUAAGCAGGACGCCUGAAGGACAACCCUCGGAUUGCUGCCCGGUAAGCUCAUCUGUUUGCCAGAGGGAAAAAAUCCUGAAGGCCAAACAAAGGCAGGAAGUCGGGAAAGGCAGAACCGGUCACCCAACUGCAUGCCCCCUAUAAAGGGGAGACACUUCGCAUUGAGAAAUUGGGUCACACCCUGUGUACCUCCCUGGAGCACGGAUGUGCGUCGGACGAGACCCCGCUCCUUAUCUCUUGCUCCUAGGCUGGCCACCUCGCGUAGUGCCGAGCAACGGACUUGGGUAACUAUUGGCCACCUCGCGUAGUGCCGAGCAAUGGACUUGGGUAACUAUAACAGCCGCAGAGGAGCUGGGAGUGAGUGCACGUGCGAAUGUCCACUCUGCAAGAUAACUUGGUCAAUAAGCACGGCAUCUUGCCUUAUCUCCCUUAUAGACCGUGCUUGUCAUGCUGAGCAGUUGAUUUGGCGGCUAUGGCAAAGAUGUUGGGACCUCCCGACAGAGAAGACGUUGCAGAUUGGAAAGUUGAGGCAGGAACUGAUUGGCUUCAGAGACAUCAGCUAGUUGUGGAUUUACCAAAUAGAGAGUUGUGGGAAAUUCAUGGCUCAUCAAGCGCUCUUUGGACACCGCAGGUUGAUGGACCCACAAUUGUAACCGGCCAAGAAACAGAAAAAGGUUGUAGCCCCGUCAGAGGAACGGAGGUUGUACCGGAGAGAUGCAUUUAAUGGAUUACGGACCCCACAGAGCACAGACUAUGGAAACACACAGGCUUGUGUGAAGACAGCGGGUGAAAAGGUGGCCCCGCAACAGCAAUACCCUUACCCUAGAGAAGCGGAGGAGCAGAUUAAGGAAAUAAUUGGGGAUCUAGAGAAUCAGGGGGUAAUUAGGAAAACCAACUCGCUUUUUAAUCCGCCUGUGUGGCCGGUGUGAAAGGCAGACGGUAAAAACUGGCACCUGACUGUAGAUUACCAUCGGAUUAACAAAGGACUGUUCCGAUGGCCCUGGGUGUAGCCGACAUGGCUCAGGUGAUUCAAAAGGUAUGAACAAAUGCUAAAUGGUUUUCGCUAAUAGAUUUGGCCAAUGGUUUCUUUGCCCUAAUCACAAGACAGAUUCGCUUUUACGGUGGCAGGGCGGCAAUAUACCUUUGGCAGAGUACCUCGGGGUCUCGCAGCACUCCAGCUAUCGCACACGCUCACGUAGCGUCUACGCUGCAACGUUUGGGGCCGGGAGAUCAGGCAUGCGUGUUACUCCGAUGUGGGUGAUAUCCUGGUGUCCGGAAAAUCCGAACAGGUGGUUCGAGAGAGACCUCACGUUUAUAGAGAUGCAGAGAUUGCUGCUCCCCUGUGGCAAUCGCUAACGAAGAAAAGACGGUGGGAUUGGGGGCCAGAGCAGGAUGGAGCACUGAAGGUGUUAAAACAAAAGGCUCCUUCGGCACCAGCAUUAAAACUCCCUAAUUAAUCAGGUUGGCAGCUAACGAUGUAGCUCUGGUGACCACUCUGCUACAGAAGAAUGAGGAAGGGAGAUCGGUGCCGGUGGCUUAUGAGUCUGGAAAGGGCAGGGACCUGAAACGAAUGACAGCGCUUGCGAAAGGGAACGUUUAGCUGCUUCCGAGCCUCUGACUGGGACUGCUCCCACGACUAUUCAGACCAUGCGUACCCCUUUGAAAUACAUUUUAUCGGGGCAAUUGGUGGGAAGUAAGGGAUCUAAUACACAAAUGGCUCAAUGGAGUUUAGCAUUGGUAAAAGGAUUGCAAUAUUGGAUGCAUGGUUGACAAAGGAACGGGUGGGAAGCCGCGGAUGGAAAAGAGAUUGCUUAUAAGGAUGAGUGGCAAGGGUUGUCUGAGUGGCGUAUGAAACACCGGGGUAGUUUAAAAAUAAGGCUUGUCAAGGCACAGCAAAAAGACAACGAGCUCAAAACACUGUGGAGCAACACCGCUGAUCAACCUACAAGAGCCCCCGAGGAAGUGUUGGCAGCAACACCUAGUCAGGCUAUCUGCACCCCGGGGAAAUGGGAAACACGAGAGUUAGUAAACUUAGCACAUCGGUAGUUGCAUGAAGGAGUAGAAGGAACCCUUCUUUGACUAAAACAAUCACAGAGUGGCCGCGUGCGUGAGAUGACGUAAAGACAUGGGUAGCUAACUGUAGCCGAUGUGCUAGAGAAAGAGCUAGGCCCCCCGGUUUUGAAAUAUAAAUAUAUCAACAAGGAGACCCAUCUGUAAUCUUCUCCAUGGAUUUGAUUGAUAAAUAUGGAAAUCAAUAUUUCUUAGAGAUAAUUGACUCCUUUUCCGGAUGGGUAGAGGCUUGAACUUGAUGAUUGACGUAGACCAGUUUAAUGAUGUGGGGGAUACCACCGACUACGACGUGUAUAAAUGGCUGGCACAGCGCAAAGAGGAUAAGGUAACCCUUCAGGCACGAAUUCAGCAAAUGCAGGGGAACCUGCAAAAGGAAAAGGUUGGUAACCCAUCUUGAUGGGAAAUUGGUGAUCAAGUUGUAUGAAUUUACAAUUAGGAAACAAAAAGCACACUUUGGAAAGUGGAUUGGUGCAGCACCCAUCAUGAACCGUCUUAGUCCUGUGGUAUAUGAAAUACAAUUAGGGCGAAAUCAAAACAGGUUCAUGUAUCACAAUUAAAGUUAUCUGAACAACAAAUGACGAAAAUGUAUAACUUGUUAAACUUGUUUAAGGGCUGCAGGAUGAAUGGCACCUCUGAUGAAUCAUAGAAGCAGUGGUUGCUGAAUGACAAGGAGGGCGAAUUAUUAUUAAUCUGUAUUUGCUGUUGUAUGCUUUUAUUUUUAUGUAUUUGCAUCUCAUGUAUCAAAUGUAAACGCCUGUAAGUAGAAAAUAUUAGCUGUUAGAUACAUGUAUGGCAUUAUGGCUGUUAGGUGGAUUCGUGUGUUUGUAACCCGAUUAGCAAGUGUUCAGUCACAACGCGUGGUGCAUAGAGGGUGGAUUGUAACCGAUGAGACCAGAAAUUCCAGUGGAGCAAUUCAGUUUGAGUGGUUUUCAUGGACUAAUACUGCACGGUAUCAUUCGUCUGACUUUCAAAGCCCAAGAAAUAUUUUAUUGAUACAACUGCAGGCACAAGGUUUAGAUAAAAAAUGCAAACAAGGUUUUUAAAAUAUUUGUCCUUUCGGACACAAAAAAAGGAAAAACAAAAAGGCAGUUCCUGGUCCCUUUGUGUGGAAACGUUAUUGUAGUCUUGACUAUUACAAUGGGAAGCAACGUACUGAAUUGUACCUUUUUGCGACGGGGAUUUAAUGUAACUGAAUAUAACCAAAAAUCAUGUACCAUAAGUAAUGUGUCCCUAGUACCGUGGGCGUGAAAUACCACUUGGCAAUAUAACUCUAAAACUCAGAAUGGGGACAAAUGCGAAUGUCAGCAUUUAACCACAGUAAUACGAAGAAAAUAGGAAUAAGGUUAUAUUCUAUUUUUGAGAGUGGGAGUCCCAAAGCCAAAUCAAAACCACAUCUAUUGUUAAACAGAGAUGACCCCAGUCUGUAUGUAGAGGCACCGUUGGUUGCCGACGUGAUUAUAAGAGGAAAUUGGAGUGAUAUGAAUGUCACACAAAGUGGAAUCCAGUAUGUGGCCCUUUUGCUACUCCAAUUUUCAAUGCUUGGAAAAACCCUGGCAUAGAAAAAAGGGAUUUGUAGAUACUAUAUUAGGGGGAGUUGGUAUAGGAACUGGCAUUUUAAAUGUAUACGAUAUAAAAACACAAAUUAUACCGGUUAGCAGAAAUCAAUGGACAGUUAGUAGCGGGAUAAGUUACUAACGUAUUACAAUUAUUAGAAACUGAAGAUCAUACCAUCCAGGCCUAAUGGGAUAUUUGGAAGUAUCUUAAUUCAAGCACAGGGGGAUUAUUGCAUUUAGGCCAAGGACUUCAAAAUAUCAUGGCAAGGGCUAUACAGGCAACCCCCACUUAACGCUGUUUCACUUAGCACUAUUUCACUACAACACUCACUUUAAAUUGAUACCUGCUUCCAGGUAGCGCUCAGCGAGUUUCGUUAUAACACUCGCGGUCACCAUCUCGGCUCAUUAAAAACACUCAUGGUCGCCAUCUUGGAUCGUCAAAAACUUUCCGUUUUGUUUAACUCGUUUUGCUGAACGCUUGCUGUUUUGUGAACCAGUUAAGAGCGCUCAGCGGGGGCUGCCUGUAUUGUGCUCAGAAACGCAAAUAAUGUCCACCCAUAGUGUGGAAUGUGGGAUGGACUGGUUGUUACAAGGAGGCUUUAAAAGUAAUCACAUUUAUAAAGAAAAAACAUAAUGAUGUCCAAAUGGUAUGAAUAUCAUCAGAACUGGUACAAAUAUGUGUCAUCUGCAGUAAAUGAAACCAAAUUAGAGGGUAGCUUAAAAAUAAAACUGCUGGUGAAACCAAGCGUGCCAAUCCAGAGGAUGUAUUCUCUACAGGCGCUGCCCUCAAUUAUUGAAGGUUCUCUGUGGAUCCCAGAAAUUAAAAGCCAAUAUGCGGGUAAUAAUGGUACUAUGCUGAUACAACACGAGCAUUGUGAGCAGUGGGUAUGCCCAGCCCUCACGCCAGCUGCGGGACCUUGUGACUUACAACGUUCUAGUUCCAGCUGUGUUUGGGCACAUCUGGCUACACGCGAUACCAGAGCCUGUCAUCGCGGUCGGUGUAGGCUGUGUUUGUGUAGUGCCAGUGAAAACAAUAUAUUGGGAAGAUGGAACCACAUCUGUACCGCCGGCAGAAGCUUGUCACUUGCUGCGCAACCAAAACCCGUACGUAUUACACGCCCCACAUGUAACCAGCCAAAUUUUGUAUCAAUCUGAGUUUAACUUCGACGUAACUUUGGGAAUAGACUGAAGGGAAUUAGCAACAUUAGUUAACGAAACACUGGGAAUUACAAAUAAAAUGAAAGCACUGCAGUCAAGAGCACUGUUAGCCAGAGUUCAUCUCACUCGUGAAAGUAAGCAACUGCUUCCACUGGCUGAAAAGGAAAAAGAGCUGACUAUAGAUCACUGGUAUGAUAUUUUUAAGGGACGGUCACCUAAGGCAUCCUUGCUGUGCACCCUAUUGUAGUUUUAGUCAUCAUUCAGCCGAUACGUAUUGUAUUGCUCUGUGUUGGUUGUUAUACUACAAAACAAAUACGACAGUUAUAUAGUUUCUAUCUUCGAAAGGCGAUCCCUCUUGAAAACUUAAUUCGGGAUCAAAAAGGGGGACUGUAGCGAUUUGAAGUUGGCCGUUACAAAUUAAGCUUGGCGUUACGGAUAUGUCUGGCAAAAUGAGAAUCUCUUUGCAAUGUGUGGAGCGCGUGGACGCACGAGCGUGGAGCGACUGGAAAAGCAUCGCACGCUGCGAGCUCGCACAGAAGUUACCAGCUGGUGAACCGAAAUUGCACGGCGAGGCUGAAGACCCAGCUCGCGCCGGGCGCAGGAAGGAGAUGGACGCCUGAAGGACGCCCCUCGGGACGAUGCCGAGCAAGCUCAUCCGUGAAGAAGUCCCGAAGGCCAAGCAAAGGCGGCACGAAGUCAGGGAAGGCGGGACCGGCCGCCCAGCACCAGCGGCACGCCCCCGGCAACGGGGAGAGACUCACCGUCCAGAAAUCGGGUCACACCCUGCGCGCCUCCCCGCAGCACGGCCGGCCGCGCGCCGGACGAGACCCCGCUCCUCAUCCCGCGCUCCUAGGCUGGCCGCCUCGCGCAGCGCCGGGCAGCGGGCUUUGCUAACCACGGCACCCGCAGCGGAGCGGGGAGCGAUGCGCGUGCGAUGUCCGAGCGCUCCUGCGGACGACGGCGUCUUGCCUCAUCCCCCUUGCAGGUCGUGCUUGUCGUGUGAGCGAGUGGUUCCCCCUGCACAACGCGGAGCGGCUGCGGCAAUGGCUGUCCCAGAUGCAGCAGGAGAAGUGGCUGCCCACCCGCUACCAGCACCUGUGCAGCGAGCACUUCCACCCGUCCUGCUUCGAGUACCGCUGGGGCGUGCGCUACCUCAAGCCCGACGCCGUGCCCACCAUCUUCCAGCGCUCCGAGCCCCCCGCGAAAAGGGAGAACCCCUCCAAGCCGCCAUGUGAGGUGCCCACCAAGAAGCUGAUCCUCGAGGGCAAUGCAGACAAGGCCGCGCGGGGCUCCGUGCCCCUGCCUCAGAAGCCCGACACGCUGGAAGCCCUCGCCAUAGCCAUCGACCCGGGGCUGACCGCGGCACCCAUCUACGUGGAAGCCCAGCCCUCGGUCUCAGAGCUGGACUUCCAAGCCAUCUCCUCCCCGCUGGUUGGGACGGUGAACCUGAUGCCGCUGGUCCAGAUCGUGGAGCCCCUCAAUGCCGUGGCGCUGACUGUCACCUCCCCCACCGAGGGGCUUGACCCCAUCUCCCUCCACCUCCCCAGCCAGCCCACCGUGGCGCUUUCUCCCGAGGCCGCAGCAGCGCCUGAUGCCCCCUUGCAGCCGUUCACUGCAGAAAUCGCGGUCCCUGGCGAGGACCUGGUGCCCGAGCAGACCUCGCAUGCCUUAGUGGCUGCGGUGGAACCGCGAGACCUCGCCGACCACGGGGCUCUCAUCAUUGAAAACGUGGCCAUUGAGCCCUUCCUCGAGACGGACCCCUCGGCCGCUGCUGCCGUCCUCAGCUCCCUUCAGGCAGCGCCCACGCAGAUGGUGGCCUAUUUCGAGACCAUCCCUACAGCCCCCGCAGCAGCAGCCCCCAGUGCCAUGGGGCCCCUGACGGCGAGCGUGACUCCUCCAGAGACUGUGCUGUCCUCAGCCCUCACGGUGCCCAUCGUCUCCACCGUCCCCAUCGUGUCCAACUACGCAGCAGGCAGUGCCACGGACUUUCCUUCGCCGGUGGCAGAUGUGGACCUGGAGACGGUGCCUGAGGAACAGCUGGAGGAGCACCGAUACCACAAGCACCAGCUGAGCACGGAGGAGCUGGUGGGGGUGGUCAUGGUCCUCCAGAAGAAGGUCAAGGUCCUCCAGCAGCGGCACCGGCGCCACUGCGCCAAGCUGGAGGCUAUGGAAGGUGUCGUGGAGCAGCUCCGCAAGGAGAGCCUGGUCUCGGAGGAGAAGCUGAAGCUGCUGGAGAUGGCCUGCUUCCAGUCCAGCGCGGUGAUUCCCGAGAGCGGCAGCACGGUGGCCAUCAUCUGCCAGGAGGACGACCAGGCGCUGGUCUAUGCCGUGCCCCAGCUGCCGGACGAGGGCAACGAGACCAUCAUCCACGUGGAGGAGCAGUGAGGACCCUCCGCCGCCUGCUUGGCUGAGCCGCACUCCUCCCCAGGCGCAGACGCACCCGGCCCGGCCACCUCUUCAACGGCCUUACUGCUUUGGCACCUUAUCUGCAAGGGGGGGACUGGCUUCUGGUCGCUUGAUAGCUGGGGUGGGGUUGUCCACGCAGCUCCCAGCUCGCUCUCCUGGGGCACAAGGGGGGAAGCCUCGCUGAAUUCCCUGGAUUUCCCCGUCUAUUUACUGCACCCACGCGUUGCUGCCUGAGCCAGCGACCGUGGGACCACAGCCACGGGGGUGGGGAUAUCAGCCCCCCAAGUCCACCCCCCUCCUGGGAUGUCUCUGCUGAGCUGGUAGCCCACGGGCCCCUGCUGCUCGUGUCCAGCUUGCGGGGAGCUCGUUCAGGGAGCCCUUGUGUGUGCGUGUGCACGCACGCGCGUGUGUGUGUGUGUGUGGGGGGGGGGGGGAUUUAAGUGUCCUGUAUGUAAAAUGCAGCUCCUUCCCCAAAAGUGAGGCAUAGGAGGGGUGGGUGCUGGGUGUGUAAGCAGGAACAUCCAUGGGGGCAGGGGUAUGCAGGGUGAACGGGGGUGUCGGGGGCUUGUGCAUGUGUGUGUGUGUGUACACACCUGUCCUGGAUGCCGGGAUCAGGGUGUGUCCUGGAUUUCUGGGUUUUGUGUGCGUGUGUCUUGGACACCGGGGUGGGGUGGGGAUUGUGUGUGUAAGUGUGCACCGGACACCUGGGUUAUCUGAGUGUGUGUGUGCGCUUAACAUCUGGGCUCUGUGUGUGUACAGGGAGGGGUCCAAUCCUGCCCCUUACCGAGACCCCCCCACGGCAUGGGAUAGGCCACAUCCUGAGACCCAGUGGGUGUAAAUCGGAGCCAUUCGUCCCACUCAGGGUCCCCACUGGUCCUUCCCUCUCCCCAACCCGCCUUGUCUUGACCUGACCCCGGCCCCGGGUGCAAGUCUAUCCCCCUCCCUUUAUUUUUGUAUUUAAGUUGUAUUUUCGUACGGCCCUGCCCGGAGGGGGCCCGUCCCGCUUGGCUGGGGGUCCCGCAGAGAUCAUCUUUGUACCCGAUUCUAAUGAGAAGCUUUAAUAAAAGCAAGAUGGAGAGAGA